AUGUUUCAAAAAAAUAGUCGAGGUGUAAGGAAAAAAACAAAAUCGGUAGGAAUAUGUAUUUUUACAACAAUUCCACCGGAAAUGUUUAUAAACAUAUGUCAGUACCUACCGCCUGUAGACUUAUUGUCACUGGCACGUAUUUGCAAGAAGUUCAAUGGUUUCUUGUGCACUGAACAUUCAAUAACAACACAAGAAAUUUGGCGGGCUUCGAGAGCAGAAUAUUUGCCUUUCUUACAGAUGCCUCCACCAGACGGCAUGUCAGAACGUCAAUAUAUUAGACUGGUUUUCGAGCGUGGAUGCCAAUUCUGUGGUAAAGGUAAAAUACGAAAAGUUUAUUGGGAAUAUAACGUAAGGUCUUGUGAGCAAUGUCUGAAAGCAAGGACGAUUAGACAAGAUGAAAUUCAAAAACAAAUUAUUUCCAAGAUGUAUGGUUUUGAUAUGCCAAAUAUAUAUUUUUUAGAAGAAAUAAUUUCUGGACUUACAUUUAUACCAUCAUGGUCACGACGCGCAUGGGAUAGGGGAACUAGACGUCGUCCCUCGAGCGUCUAUUGGUACGAACAUGUUAUUCAAGCACUUGAAGAAUAUAAAAAAGUUCCACCAUCGUUUAGAAGAGAAUGGUUAAAACAAAAACGGGAAGAAGGCGCUGCAAAAAUGAAAGAAGUUGUUAAACGAAAGCUAGAAACUGAUAUGGAUUUACGUAUCAAAAACAAAGAAAAUUCUCAAAAAAAACUUCAACGACUUUCCACAAUUCAAGCAAAAUUAAGCGCAAUGAAAGUUGAAAGGAAUACAAACAAUUGCCUAAAAUACAAUGAUACACUUGAGGAGUGUCCUUCUUAUCUAAACUGUACAUUAAUAAAUGUUCGUCUAUCAACUCAACCAUUUACGGAUAGAGCAUGGUUUCUCUUAAGAAAGAAAUUGGAUAAAGAAUAUGAGCAUCUCUGUGAAAUAAAGAGAAGAGAGCGACGAAGAAAAGAAAGAUCUAUGUCAGAAGAUACUGUCUUUCAGUUAAGACAAUUUGAUAUUUAUCAAAUAGCAAAACAGUGGCGACCAGAUCCAAAAACCCAAAUUGUUGAAGAAAUCGAUAAUUUAGCCGAUAUCAUGGAUUCUUCAAACAACGAAACUGUCCAAGAUAUUACAACUUCACCUAAUAUUAUGUCAAUCAAUUCGUUACUAUUGCCAGUCUCAGCUAAUGAUAUUUCUUUUAAAAUGGAAACCUCAUCUACUAUAAAUUAUCCUAAUUCAUUAUCAAAUACUCAUGACUGCUAUUUAUCUAAUUGGGAAGAUCAUAUGGAUUAUUUAUCUUUAUUAAUUGAUAUUGAAGAUUGGUUUACUUCACACACCACUGAUCAGAAUGAUACGACUUUAGAUAUACUUCAUUACCUUCCAUGGUGUCCAUCAUUUAAAAAUCCACCUUUUCACGAUAACAAUCCAUAUAUCUUAUGGGAUGAACAAUUCCUAAUGAAUACACUAAUGCCACAAAUCUGGAAUGAAGCAUUAGCUCUACAGUCAAACCCAGGUUCAAUAAAAACAAUACAAGGUGCUGUUCUUGGCGGUUAUAAAGAAACUAGUAGAUUUAAAUGUAAAAUAUGUAACAAAUUUAACUUGACUUCAUAUACGAACAUCAGACUUCAUUUAUUCUAUAUUCAUAAAAUUACUCACAUCUUGGACGAAGAGAUGAUUGAAGUUGUAUCUGUUAUAGAUCCUCUGAUAAUAUCUCAUUCGCCUACUGACAUUGUGGAUAAGUUAGUUACCACCGUUAUUAAAGUCGUCGUUAUUGGAGUCGUCGUUGUGUAUAUUGAAGGCUUUCGUCGUUUCGGUAACGUUGGUAAACUUUCGUCGUUUCAGUAUUAUUGGUGA